ACUUUCAUUCUCUCUCCUCUCUCUCUCUCUCUCUCUCUCUCUCUCUCUCUCUCUUCCCAAGAUUUGUUUUUUUGGUCACAGACUUUCCUCCUGCUCAUCAAACCCGUGGAUUUUGAUCGCAGACCCACCAUAUAGAACCCUAGGAAGUCCUCAGAAAAACGAUCCAGGUGUGAACAGGAGCGCCUUUUCUUCACACCCUUUUGCCAGGAAUCGCCGGAGCAACCGGAAAAAUCCAUGCUUUUCUCACCGGCGGUAAGUGGGUUUCUUCGCCAUCAAGAUCGCCACCAAACCCUAACCGUAGAUUUUGCCCCCUACAACGGAGAUCGGUUUGUUCUUGAUUGAUUUGUGAAUUUUUUUCCUUCUGGGUGGGGGCAAGCAUCCGUGAAAUGUCACAGUUGAAGACGAACUCGCUCUCCCACCUGGACAAUGUACCAUCCUCCCCGGGUAAGUUCAAGUCCGACAAGCCGUUGACCUACAUCCACCGUCUGAGGUUCCACUCCUCCGUGUCCAAACUCACGCUCUGGCUGGCCCUCUUCCUGGCCCUCCUCGUGUUCUUCUUCUUCCUCUCCCCUCCCUCCUCGUCCCCGCCGCCGAGGCGGUCCCUCGGCUCGUGGGGCGGGUCGCGCUGGGAGAAGCGGAUCCGGACGUCGGCCCGGGUCAGGUCGCGGUCCGGCUUCACGGUCUUGGUUACCGGGGCGGCGGGGUUCGUGGGCACCCACGUCUCGCUCGCCCUCAAGCGACGCGGGGACGGUGUCAUCGGGCUUGAUAAUUUCAAUGAAUACUACGACACCAGGCUCAAGAGGGCCAGGCAGGAGAUGCUGGAUCAAGCAGGGGUUUUCGUCGUCGAAGGAGAUAUCAAUGAUAGGGAGCUUCUGAAUAAGUUGUUCGAUGUGGUGCCGUUCACUCAUGUAAUGCAUCUUGCGGCGCAGGCCGGGGUGCGCUAUGCGAUGCAGAACCCCGCAUCCUAUGUGCAUAGCAACAUCGCGGGGUUUGUGAACCUUCUGGAGGUGUGCAAAUCUGCGAAUCCGCAGCCGGCAAUCGUGUGGGCUUCGUCGAGUUCAGUCUACGGGCUCAAUUCCAAGGUGCCCUUUUCGGAGAAGGACCGGACGGAUCAGCCUGCGAGUCUGUAUGCUGCCACAAAGAAGGCUGGCGAGGAAAUCGCGCACACUUAUAAUCAUAUUCAUGGGUUAUCUAUCACUGGAUUGCGGUUUUUCACCGUGUAUGGACCGUGGGGUAGGCCGGACAUGGCAUACUUCUUUUUCUCAGAGGAUAUCUUGAAAGGGAAGGAGAUUACAAUAUAUGAAGGGCCUCAUCAUGUAUCUGUUGCUAGGGAUUUUACCUACAUUGAUGAUAUUGUGAAGGGUUGUGUAUCUGCCCUGGAUACUGCCAAGAAAAGUACCGGGAGCGGUGGGAAGAAGAAGGGGUCCGCGCAGUUCCGCAUUUUCAAUUUGGGGAAUACAUCUCCGGUGCCUGUGACGAAGCUCGUGAGCAUACUGGAAAAGCUUUUGAAGGUUAAGGCUAAGAAGAAGUUCCUGCCUUUGCCGAGGAACGGGGAUGUGAAAUAUACACAUGCAAACAUAAGUUUGGCUCAGCGUGAGCUUGGAUAUAAGCCUACCACUGACUUGGAGACAGGUUUGAAGAAGUUUGUGAAGUGGUAUGUUAAUUACUAUAAAGGGUCGAAAAGGAGUUCCUGGUGAAUUCUAUAUGCCAAUGCUAGUUUGCAAAACUGAUAAUUGAUCUCGACAUUGACUUUGCGUCCCCGUGAUCCUUAAAUUCGAUUGUAUCUACGCUCAUUCAAUUGGUAUCAUCAUAGAAAAGGAACUGAGUCCUGUACCGUCCAGAAUUCAGCAGGAUGGAGCAUUCUUUUGCAGGGCAUUCUGAACUGUAUGUGCUGGUAAUUGGGAGCAUUGCAUCAAUUUUUCCCAAGUAUAGGUUCCUUAUGCACUCUAUGAUUAUUUUAGAUCUGAAAUAUUGUACAGUCCAUGACUGUAGAGAUUACAAUCAUAUGUUGAUCGUCGGACCUUUUUCUUUUCAGAUGGAUGGGAAUAAGAUUUCAAUUUGCUGCAA